AUGCAACGUCUUCAAGAUCCCAGGAUUGAUCUAGCUGAGCUAAAAGUGCAUAUAGUGAAGAAGGUUGGGGUUGAAAGAUCUACAAGGUAUUUUUACUACUUGGGCAGGUUUCUGAGUCAGAAGCUUACUAAGAGUGAGUUUGAUAAGUCAUGUUUCCGUCUUUUGGGGAGAGAGAAUCUUUCUCUUCACAAUAAGUUGAUUCGUUCCAUCUUGAGAAAUGCAUCUCUGGCUAAGUCCCCACCAUCAGUUCACCAAUCCGGUCACCCUGGCAAAUCUUUGGUGCUUGGGAAAGAAGAUGGACCUGAAGAAAGCAGAUCUCUAAACCCUGACCAUAUUAGGAAUGAUCUUGCUUUGUCCAAUGGGGUGUUAGCCAAGGUUAGGCCUGGAACAUGUGACGACAGGACAAUCAGAGAUAAGCCUUGUCCGCUAGGGUCAAACGGAAAGGUUUUGGGUCCUUUUGCUUAUUCAAGACCUGGUCGAUAUCCUGAUGAAAGAGACAGUGCAUUUCUUUGCCCUGCUGAACAAAAGGCGGUUUCCGGUAAAGAUCAGGUUGCAGCUCCAAUUAGCAGAGAUGAUGAAGCUCAAGUAAGGAUUCUUUCCACACCUCCUGUAAUGGCACCUCUGGGGAUUCCAUUUUGUUCGGCUAGUGUCGGUGGGGACCGCAGAACAGUUCCAGUUUCGACCAGCGCAGCUGCUAUCAGUUGCUAUGACAGUGGUGGAUUAUCAGAUACAGAGAUGCUGAGGAAGAGGAUGGAGAAUAUUGCAGUAACACAGGGUCUUGGAGGGGUUUCAGCGGAGUGUUCUAUUGUUUUAAAUAACAUGUUGGACUUGUACCUGAAGAAACUAAUGAAAUCAUGCGUUGAUUUGGCUGGAGCUCGGUCCAUGAAUGGAACGCCUGGAAAACACAGUUUAGAAAAACAGCAGAGCCGAGACGAGCUUGUAAAUGGGGUGCGAACGAAUAAUAGUUUUCACAUACAAACUAGCAACCAACCAUCUGACAUAACGCGAGAACAACAUUCAGUGUCUUUGCUUGAUUUUAGAGUUGCAAUGGAGCUAAAUCCACAUCAACUUGGUGAAGACUGGCCAUUGCUACGGGAAAGAAUUUCCAUAUCUUUAUUCGAGGAACGAGAAGGGGUGUAA